CCCCACCUAGUUGUUUUUGCUUUUUUUUGGGUGUGUGCGGGUGCAUUUGUUUACGCUGCCAAUCCCCAGAAAAGAUACUCCUCCGAUCCCCCAGAGAAUCAGAACGAGCUGAGCUACAGGAUGCGCGAACUCAACAAGCAGCAGUCGCAGGACACCACGGACGCGGGCGUCGAGAAGGGCGACUAUCCGAGGGCCACCAAUGGCGUGGUCUUCGGCGCCAUCGUCACCUUCGCCAGCUUCUUCGUGCUGAUGAUGUCCUUCUGCUCGCCGUACUGGAUCGAGUCCUACGAGGAGACGCGGGCCAGCUUCAAGAACAUGGGCCUCUGGCAGUACUGCUUCAAGGACUUUGUGUACCCCAAGUACCAGUUCCCCAAGCAGUUCAACGGCUGCCACAACAUCUUCUCGCACGACUACUAUGUGAUCCGGGAGUACCUGCUGCCCGGCUGGCUGAUGGCCGUGCAGGGCUUCGUGACCAUGUCCUUCAUCAUCGUCUUCCUCGUGCUGGCCCUGCUCUCGCUGACCAUCAUCCGGCUGCCGCUGAAGCCCGUGCUGCAGUACGAGUGGCUGCUCGUGCGGCUCUCCUUCUUGGGCACCGGCGUCUCCUCCCUCUUCAUGUUCCUGGCCGUCUGCAUCUUCGGGGGCUGCGCCUACCGCCGCGACUGGAUGAUGUACCCCAAGUUCAACGUGCUCGGCUGGUCCUACGCCCUCGCCGUGGUCACCUUCAUGCUCCUCGGCCUGGCCGCCCUCAUCCUGCAGCGCGAGGCCCGGCAGGCCUACGAGGCCCGCGGCGAGCAGAAGAACCUGGUCAUGCAGAUGGAGAUGCAGGAGCCGGGCUACCAGCCGCCGCGCCACCACCACAGCCAGUCGCGCAGCCUGCAGGGUUACAUAUGAAUGCAUUCCACUUCCUAGGCCUAAGUUUCCACAAGCAAUCUCGUAUCUGCGCAACCGACGCCGUCCAAAUUGACCUUAGCUGGCCUUAACCAUCGAAUAUCUACGUAUUUAUACACGAACUCGUCUCCGUCUCCAUUUUUUAAUUGUAUUUACUAGCACAUGUAGUUUAAACUAAGACCAGAACUAUUUUCUGUUUACAUUUCCAAUCACUUUAGCCCAGGCUCAAAGCUAGACGAUGCCCUUUUA